ACUUUUGCUUUGCCGGCUCGCGCUUUAAGUCUGUCGAGCGCACACGCACGCAGUAACGCACGCAGUACGCACGCAGUAACGCCCCUCACGCAGGUGAGCACUUAAAUUGCCUUAAGAAGAGAGCGCAAGAGAGAGAGCGCGAUGUGUAUGAGCUGCGUGCCUUUUGCUCACAGCGCGAUUGCGUCAAGUUUGGCAAUUACCGAAGCUGUCCCCGUGCAGGACGUGGCGGCAUCGCUCACCUGCUGUCGGUCACUUCAGCUACCGGGAGCGCCCUGCCCAAACCCGCCGAGAGGAGCCACAGCAUGCAAGGCGCGCAGGAGGAGGAUUACUUCUCGCUUGUGUCCGUUGUGAGCGUUCCACCAUGGAGGAAAGGUUUCGGAGACUCAUCUUCAUCCCCAUCGCGGCCGUGCUAUGCUUCAUGAUCGGGUACCAGUACGUGUGUCCAGCGGAGAGCAACAGCUGCAACUCCCGACGUGAAGAGAUCGGCCUUUUUGAGCAAUAUUCAUCCCUGCGCACGGAACAGCAACUGGACGAGGACCUCGCUGACGUGACCGCGUUCACAUUGAACUUCACGGAGCUGGACCUGGACAAACACGUGAACUUUGACAUCCGAGGAGAUGACGUGAUGGUGUUCCUGCACAUUCAAAAGACCGGAGGAACCACGUUCGGGCUCCACCUGGUUAAAAAUAUGCAACUGGAGCAGCCCUGCGAAUGCACGCCCGGACAGAGGAAAUGCACGUGUUACCGGCCCGGCAAAAGCGAGUCGUGGCUCUUUUCUCGCUUCUCCACCGGCUGGAGUUGCGGUGUACACGCCGACUGGACCGAGUUAACGAGCUGCGUUCCAGUGGUGAUGAACAGGCGGAACAAAAAUAAUUCCCAAAAGAGAAAAUGGAAUUUCCACUACAUCACCAUGCUCCGAGACCCCGUGUCGCGCUACCUCAGUGAGUGGAAACACGUACAGCGUGGCGCCACCUGGAAAACCGCCCUCCACCUGUGUGAUGGCCGCCCACCUUCUCAGGAUGAACUUCCAGCCUGCUACAGCGGCGAGGACUGGACCGGUGUGACCCUGACGGACUUCAUGAACUGUCCGUCCAACCUCGCCAACAACCGGCAGGUGCGCAUGCUGGCUGACCUCAGCCUUGUAGGCUGCUACAACAUGUCAUCCAUGAACGAUCUGGAACGAGGCCACCUGCUCCUCGCCAGCGCCAAGGCUAACCUCCGUAACAUGGCCUUCUUCGGUCUGACAGAGUAUCAGCAAAAGACGCAAUACUUAUUCGAGCGGACGUUCGACCUGCGUUUCGUCCGGCCCUUCACGCAAAUCAAUAGCACCCGUGCUGCCAGCGUGGGAAUCAACAAGAAGGUCCAGUGGCGCAUCGAGGGACUUAACGCCCUCGACGUGGAGCUCUACGAGUACGCCAAGGAGCUAUUCCUGCAGCGCUACCAGUACAACCGCCAAAAGCAGCACAGAGAGGAGCGUCUCCGCCGACGGCAGGAGAGGCAACGUCUGCACAGGACCUACCUGGCGGAGUUGCUGAGAUUAGGAAGAGACGAAGAAGAGGAGGACAUGAAGGUGCUCGGCACUACGGAAGACUACAACAGUCAAGUGGUGCGAUGGUGAGGAGGAAACAACAAAGACCAAACUUCUACUCUCCUGCUUUGCUGUCAGUCUGCCAAAUUCUGUCAUCCUCCUCGUCUUUUGUUGGCUGGCCGAAAGGUGUCUUAAUAUUUACGAUGGAUGUAUUUGUAACCUUUUGUACGUGGUGUUUCUUAUGGCUCUGCAGUUGUGAAAUGCUUUUUAUUUAACUUUCAUGAGCGAAGCAGAAUGUUUUAUACAUCAAGCUAAAAUUUGAUGUCUGCAAAAAAAAACAAAAAAACAAUGCGGCCAUUUUGGAAAAUCCGUAGAACAAUAAAUGGGCUUUAAGGAUUUUCUAUGUAAUGUUCUAGCGCUGUGUUGGCCAUUAAAUUAUUGUGCUUAAAUUGUGGCUCGGUCCGAAAAAUCAAAGCACAAACUUAGCUGUGGUUUUUCUUUUGUCCUAUUCAUUGAGCUCCACUAGUGAGACACAACCAAGGCUCUUCUGCAGCGGAAAUUGUGUCAAUAAAAAUGUUCAGCAUUC